AUGAUUUCUGGCUAUGCUCAAACAGGCAAUCUCAAAGAUGCCAUCUUUCUGCUCAGAGAAAUGCUAGGUAGCAGAAUUCCAGUGAGAGAGGGCGAAGAUGGGCUCCUCCCAAACAAAUUCAUGAAUAAGGACGAAGACAGUCUCCUCCCAAACAAAUUCACUUUUGGCAGCAUUGUCACGGGCUGUGCUCGUGCUAAUGACUUGAGAACAGGGGUCCAAAUCCACUGUGACAUAAUUAAAUUCGGAGUCGAAUCUGAUACAUUUGUAGCAGGUGCACUGAUUGACAUGUAUUCCAAGUGUGGGAAGGUCAAAGAAUCAUGGAACAUCUUUGAUCAGACUCCAAAUAAGGAUGUUGUUUCUUGGACUACUAUGAUCACUUCCUUAGCCAAUAGUGGGCAGCAUCAUUUAUGGGAUUAUGCAUUCAAGCUUUUCAAGGACAUGAUUUGCAGGGGGAUUCAGCCAGUUGGCAUGACAUUUGCUAGUCUGGUCAAGACUUUCGAUGCACCUAUCAAGCUAAGCCAAGCCAAGCAGGCACAUGGAUGCAUGGUGAAGCUUGGGAUUGAAGUGGAUGAUCUUAUGGGAAGUGCUCUGAUUGCAAUGUAUGGGAGGUGUGGGGGAAUGGAUGAAGUUAUUAGACUCUGUGACAGAAUAAACCAAGAUGUGGUUUCACAAACUUCGCUGCUAGUGGCUUACAUGCAGAAUGGAUUCAAUCUAGAGGCAAUUGAUGUGUUCCGUAAGAUGAUAGAGGAGAAGUUUAUAAUGGAUGUAUUUGUGUUUGCAAGUGUAAUUGGUGCUUGUUCAAUGUUAAAGGAAUUAGGAAUGGGAAAAGAGAUCCAUUGUCUUGCUAUGAGGAAAGGUUUCACAUCAGAUGUAUCAGUUAGCAAUGCUUUAAUCACACUAUAUGGAAGAUGUCAUGAAAUUAGAAAGGCUCAGACAGUGUUUCAGCUGAUGGGAGAUAAGGAUAUGAUCUCUUGGACAGCAAUAUUGACAUGCUAUAGUCAGAAUGGUUAUGGGGAAGAAGCCCUCCUGUUGUUUAGGCAAAUGCUUCAGGAAGGACUGAGCCCACCCAUCUUUAGCAUCACCAGUGCCAUACAGGCAUGCUCUACAACAGUGAGCCUUUCGACUGGUCGGCAGAUACACUCAAGGAUUGUGAAAAUGGGGAGUGCUGAUAACCUCUCUGUGGAGAAUUCUCUUAUAACAAUGUAUGCAAAGUGUGGAAGUAUUGAAGUGGCAAAAAGAGUCUUCAACUCUAUGACAAAUAGAGACAUUGUCUCUUGGAAUGCCUUAAUUGUAGGUCAUUCACAGCAUGGUUAUGAGACAGAGGCUCUAGAACUGUUCAACCAAAUGCAGAAAGAAGGUCUUCGGCCCAAUGAAUAUACUUUCACUGGACUAUUAGUCUCUUGCAGUCGAGUGGGCCUCAUUGCUGAGGGUUGUAGGUACUUCCAACUUAUGAGCUCAGAGUAUGGAUUGGAACCCAUAAUGGAGCACUAUUCCUGCAUAGUUGACCUAUUUGGCCGUGCUGGUAGGCUUCAUGAUGCCAUGGAGUUCAUUGAUGCAAUGCCCUGUGAGCCAGACCAGUUGGUUUGGGAAGCCCUUCUUGCAUCAUGCAAGGUCCAUGGAAAUGUAGAGCUUGCAAAAUUUGCAGCAAAAAAGAUAUUGCAGAUGAGACCAGAAGACCCUUCCCCUUACAUCAUAUUAUCUGGCAUUCAUGCUUCCCUGGGUAUGUGGGAUACAAGGGCUCGCUUUCAUGCUAUGAUGAAAGAUCAAGGACUACAAAAGGAGCCUGGAAGAAGUUGGGUUGAAGCCCAGGAGUGUUCAGAAGAUAUAUUUGAUAUGCUGCAAGUUGGAGGAAUUUGA